UUCACCUAUUUACGAUCUCGUUUCUCUCUUGCAUCUUUCGUUUUGGAUACGAUUGUGCUUUCCUUUGGAUUCUUUUGGGUUGAUUGCAUCCAGAGACCCCCCCGUUUUUCAUCCCUCUGGAUUGGGAAUUUAGGAUUCUUGGGCCGGGAAGUAGGGCUCCUCCUUGUAGUUAUUGGAGUUUGGUGGAAAUGUUGGGGAGUAGCGUGCAGUUGGGACGCGGGCAUGGGGAGGAUCGCGUCUGCUACGCCGAUAAGGCACGGUGGAGCCGCCACAGCCACCAACGGCACUACCAGCAGAGUCCAUGGAGGUCUUCAAGCACCUCCGCCGCCGGAACUUACCCCGCCCCUUCCUUUGCUUCUGGGAGCUCCGCAGAGGCUGUUGUGUCGGUCUCCGGCACCCGUGAGCAGGAGAACCGAGCAGGAACAGAGGAAGAUUGUCCGAAGACCGGGAUCGCGUCCGUUUCAUCUUGGGGUCCUUCUGUUGCGCAUUCUUGUAACUUGAAACGAUUCUUGGAGUCCAUAACUCCGUCCGUCCCGGCGUUGUACCCUUCCAAGAUGGAGAAGAGGGGAUGGAGGGCUUCUGACCAGGAGUGCCGGCCGUACUUUGCGCUGGCGGAUCUCUGGGUCUCGUUCACGGAGUGGAGCGCGUAUGGUGCUGGCGUUCCGCUGGUUCUGAGCGGAGCGGGCAGCGUGAUCCAGUACUACGUGCCUUACUUGUCUGGAAUCCAGUUAUAUGGUGAAUCGAACAGGCCCUUUUCUGAUUCUAGGAUAAAUUAUGUUUGAGAGAGAAACAUGGGCAUCAGCAAAAGGGAUCUUCAAGUGGUGAUGGAGAUUUUGGACAUUUUCGAGGUCACUUGCUCUUUGAGUUUCUUGAACAGGAUCCACCAUUCAUUCGUGAACCUUUAUCUGAUAAGAUUUCAGAUCUUGCACGGUGUUUCCCUGCAUUGAAGUCCCUUCGAAGUUGUGAUCUUUUGCCAUCCAGUUGGAUAUCAGUUGCAUGGUAUCCUAUAUAUCGAAUUCCUAAUGGCCCUACAUUGAAGGAUCUGGAUGCUUGCUUUUUGACCUUUCAUUCUCUUUCCACACUGAUGAAAGAUGAUGGUGGUGCCUCCGGCCCUUCAAUUUCAAUUUUACAAGGGGUUAAUGGUGUUCCUAUGGUCUCCCUUCCUGUUUUCGGACUUGCAUCUUACAAGUGUCGGGGUUCCAUAUGGACUCCUAAUGGUGGCACCGAGAUGCAACUUGUGAAUUCCCUGAUGCAAGCUGCCGACGAUUGGGUACGACUCCAAAAUAUUAAUCACCCAGAUUACCGGUUCUUCACUUCGCACGGCACAUUCAGGAGAUAGAACUACUAUCACCCUGGUUUCAUUUGUGCUCAAAUUGGAUCAUGGGCAAUAAGUCGGGAUGCACAUUAGCAGUGGCCUUCGAUCUACUGUGUUGUGGAGCAAGUAAUGACAAAAAAUAAAAAAGCAAGUGUGAAAGCACAAAAGCGGGGUAAUAGGAGGCAAAAUCCUGUGAGAAGAAAAAGAAGGAUCAGAGAAGGUAUAAUUUGUGAAGAGGAACCAAAAGAUGAUCAGACCGAGAAAAAAGGUAGCCCAUGAAGGAGAUAAUUUCUCAUCCAUAUAACCUGGUGGAUGAUGAUGGUGUAUGUUUUGGUGUGUUUUGUUGGAAUGGUUACCUGAAAGGACAUUUUAUUGUUCACAUGUCCAGAUUGGUCCGUAACAUAAGCUUACUUUCUGGGCAUGUCUGACAAUGAUACCUUCGCGAUGCCCACCAAAAUCAAACUGUUGUGUUUUAGCAUAAUGAGCACUUCUAAUAGGUUGAUGACAGGAUCUGUGUA